CUACAACAUUAUCUAGAGCCAUUAACAUAUAACAGCUAACUAUGGCAUACCGGGGACCUUCGUAUGGGCUAAGCCUAGACUGCCAAAAAAAGACGAGGGAGAAGUUUGAUCUGGACAAGGCUAAGGAAGCCAUAUCGUGGAUCGAGCAGGUGACAGGUAGAACUUUGCAGCCGGCAUCAGGAGAAUUCCGGAAUGAGCGUGAUGUUGCAGCCGUUCUCAAAAAUGGUGUCGCCUUGUGUGAAUUAAUGAACAAGAUACAACCAAAGUCUAUACCGAAAAUCCACAAAUCAAUGGCCCCAUUUCAACAGAUGGAGAAUCUGGAUAUGUUCACAGCAGCAUGCAGUAAGUAUGGGAUGAACAACCUGGACAUAUUCCAGACUGGGGACCUGUACGAAGUGAAGGCCAUGUACACAGUUGUCAACUGCAUCCAUGCUCUUGGGUCUCUGGCUCGGAAGAAUGGUUUUGAAGACUCCCAGUUUGGUGUGAAGUUAGCCGACAAGAAUGAACGUAAAUUCACUGAAGAUCAGAUAGCUGAAUCAAACCGGGUCAUAGGUCUCCAGUAUGGGAGUAACAAGGUGGCUUCUCAAGCAGGCAUGACACCCUACGGACUGGCUCGGCAGAUCCUUUCUCCAAGCUCUCCUACAGAAAGCCAGCCUCCUCUGUGACCAUCU